CACAGAGCGCCAGGCGGCGGAUGCGAAGCGAGUGUCUGACCGAGUUGUUGUUCCGGCUUUCCUAACUGAGACGGGAGGAGUUUUGACCACGUGAAUGUGGGAAGAGAAGUUUGUGGAGCUGAAAUGGAGGUCAGAGCUUCAGUGCAGAAGGCCGGGGGGUCAUCCGAUUCUGUGGCUACACUGAACAGUGAGGACUUUGUUUUGGUUCCACAGCAUGCAGAUGAGACUUCUACAAAAGACGACGAAAGACCUAGACUAAAGAUAGCUUCUAAUGGCGAUGAGCAGUUGGAGAAAGCCAUGGAAGAGAUUUUGAGAGAUUCUGAAAAAGGACAAAACAGUCUUGUUAGUUCUCAGAAUUCCAGUGAGAUUUUGGAUCAUUCAUUUGGAGAUAUUUCAGCCAUUCAAACAAAUAAGCCAUCUCUUCAGUUAAUUUUGGAUCCAUCUAAUACAGAAAUCUGUACACCCGGACCAUCUUCUCCAAGUGGACUAACUGAAGAAGAUAGUGUUUUAUUUAACAAACUGACUUACUUAGGCUGUAUGAAGGUUUCUUCCCCACGUAAUGAAGUGGAGGCUUUACGGGCGAUGGCAAUUAUGAAGUCUUCCAAUCAAUAUCCCUUUCCUGUUACUCUGUAUGUGCCAAAUGUUCCAGAAGGUUCUGUGAGAAUUAUAGACCAGUCCAGCAAUUUGGAGAUAGCAUCUUUUCCGAUCUAUAAGGUGUUAUUCUGUGCACGUGGUCAUGAUGGGACAACGGAGAGUAAUUGCUUUGCAUUUACAGAAAGUUCCCAUGGUUCAGAAGAAUUUCAGAUACAUGUUUUCUCCUGUGAAAUUAAAGAGGCAGUAAGCAGAAUUUUAUAUAGCUUCUGUACAGCAUUCAAACGUUCUUCUAGACAAGUGUCUGAUGUUAAAGAGUCGGUGAUUCCUACCCCUGACAAUGAUGUGUUUACCUUCAGUGUCUCCUUGGAGGUAAAAGAAGAUGAUGGAAAAGGAAACUUUAGUCCUGUGCCGAAGGAUAGAGAGAAAUUUUAUUUCAAGUUGAAACAAGGAGUAGAGAAGAAGGUUGUGAUUACAGUGCAGCAGCUUUCUAACAAAGAAUUAGCCAUUGAAAGAUGUUUUGGAAUGUUAUUAAGCCCAGGUCGAAAUGUGAAGAACAGUGACAUGCAUUUACUGGAUAUGGAAUCUAUGGGAAAGAGCUAUGAUGGGAGAGCCUAUGUUAUCACUGGCAUGUGGAAUCCAAAUGUACCAAUAUUUCUGGCACUUAAUGAAGAAACACCAAAAGAUAAGCGAGUGUACAUGACUGUGGCUGUGGAUAUGGUUGUCACAGAAGUGGUGGAGCCUGUCCGCUUCCUCCUGGAGACAGUAGUCCGUGUGUACCCUGCAAAUGAGCGAUUUUGGUAUUUCAGCAGAAAAACUUUCACGGAGACUUUCUUCAUGAGAUUGAAACAGUCUGAGGGAAAAGGCCAUAUCAGUGCUGGAGAUUCAAUAUAUGAGGUGGUGAGUCUACAGCGAGAGUCUGAGAAGGAGGAGCCAAUCACUCCUACUAGUGGAGGUGGUCCAAUGUCACCCCAAGAGGAUGAACCAGAAGAGGAGAGUGAUAAUGAACUCUCAAGUGGAACAGGUGAUGUCUCAAAAGAUUGUCCUGAGAAGAUCCUGUAUUCUUGGGGAGAACUACUAGGAAGAUGGUACAAUAACCUUAGUGGACGGCCAAAAGGGUUAUCCACACUGGUGAAGAGUGGAGUCCCUGAAGCUUUGAGGGCAGAAGUAUGGCAAUUAUUAGCAGGCUGCCACGACAACCAAGCCAUGCUGGAUAAAUAUCGGAUUCUUAUUACAAAGGACUCCGCUCAGGAGAGUGUUAUUACUCGAGAUAUUCAUCGCACAUUUCCUGCACAUGAAUACUUUAAAGAUACUGGAGGAGAUGGUCAGGAAUCUCUCUACAAGAUCUGCAAGGCCUACUCUGUGUAUGAUGACGAUAUUGGAUACUGUCAAGGACAGUCUUUUCUUGCUGCUGUAUUGCUGCUUCAUAUGCCAGAGGAACAAGCAUUCUGUGUUUUGGUGAAAAUCAUGUAUGACUAUGGUUUGCGAGACCUCUACAAAAAUAACUUUGAAGAUCUUCAUUGCAAAUUUUAUCAGUUGGAGAAACUAUUGCAGGAGCAAUUGCCGGACCUGCACAAUCAUUUUUGUGACCUGAACCUGGAAGCUCAUAUGUACGCAUCCCAGUGGUUUCUCACACUCUUCACUGCCAAGUUUCCUCUCUGCAUGGUCUUCCACAUCAUUGACUUGCUGCUCUGUGAGGGUUUGAACAUAAUCUUCCAUGUAGCCUUGGCUCUCCUAAAGACCUCAAAGGAAGAUCUACUGCAAGCUGAUUUUGAAGGUGCUUUGAAGUUCUUCAGAGUUCAGCUUCCUAAGAGAUACCGGGCAGAGGAAAAUGCAAGAAGAUUGAUGGAGCAGGCAUGCAAUAUUAAGGUACCGACCAAGAAGCUGAAGAAGUAUGAGAAAGAAUAUCAAGCAAUGCGGGAGAGCCAGCUGCAGCAGGAGGACCCCAUGGACAGAUACAAGAGGGAGAAUCGGAGGCUACAGGAGGCCAGCAUGAGGUUGGAGCAAGAAAAUGAUGACCUUGCCCACGAACUUGUAACCAGCAAAAUCGCUCUGCGCAAUGACUUGGACCAGGCGGAAGACAAGGCAGACGUGUUGAAUAAGGAGCUCCUCCUGACCAAACAGAGGCUGGUGGAGACUGAGGAGGAGAAGAGGAAGCAAGAGGAAGAGACUGCCCAGCUAAAAGAAGGCUUCAGGAAACAGCUGGAGAAGGCAGAAUAUGAAAUAAAGAAAACCACAGCUAUCAUUGCUGAGUAUAAACAGAUCUGUUCCCAGUUAAGCACUAGGCUGGAGAAGCAGCAAGCAGCCAGCAAGGAGGAGCUGGAAGUGGUCAAGGGUAAAAUGAUGGCAUGCAAACACUGCAGCGACAUUUUCAGCAAGGAGGGUGCUGUGAAGCUAGCAGCCGUAAGCCAGGAGAACCAGGGCGUGGAGACGGAUGAUGAGAAGGACUUGCUCAAGAAGCAGCUGAGGGAGAUGGAGCUGGAAUUGGCUCAGACCAAGCUGCAGUUGGUGGAGGCCAAGUGUAAAAUCCAGGAACUUGAACAUCAGAGAGGAGCUCUCAUGAAUGAAAUCCAAGCUGCAAAAAACUCUUGGUUUAGCAAAACCCUGAGCUCUAUCAAGACAGCCACAAGCACUCAGCCACUGCAGCCGCCCCCGGCCAGCCAGUCUCCGAAGGAGAGCACAUAGUGGCAGCAAGCCCCUGGCCAAGAGCACGAAAAUCAAAGCCGGAAGCCUCGCAGGGAGGAGUCAGCCUGGUGUCCCUUGAAGGGAAGUAGAGGGGAGCAGACAGAAGCCAGAACCUUUCCACAACGCUCACUCUUGUCUUGCUCCACCCCUUUCAAAGGAACCUUCUUUAACCCCCACCCCACCUCACCCCCGAUUUCUGUUGGAGACCCAUUUUCCCAACUUCUUCCUGGAAGGCCAUGUUCAGGUGCUUUAUAGUACGAUGCUUUGUUUUACAUGCCUGGAUGUUAGUGGGAAAUCGGUAAUUCUGAGCUAGAUGCUUUUUAUUUAGAGCUAAAUAUUGGUCAUUAUUUUUGUCUUCCAUCAAAAAGCAGGCAUCUGUUCAAGGUUGGAGGGAUAGGAUAGAUCUCUGUCUCAGCCAAAAGAAGCAAAAACAAAACGGGAGGGACACCUCGGCCCCUCCCCUCACAUUCCAGGGUUUACUCCAAGAUAAAGCACACUACAGGGCUGCCGGCCCUCCAUCCUCUUUCCGCCUGACGCUGGUUUCCGGGGGUCAGGAUCUCCCCUGUCAGCUUGAGCAGACCCCAGAGAAGGGGCGUUGCCCCCUUCGGUUUCGUGUAUCAGGAAAUGAAGUGCCCCGGGCCUCGGAACAAACAGGCUAUUGAGGGACACACUGUGUAAAAGGGUGACAGUCAUCAUGUACCCGAAUAGACACUGUUUAGGAACUCCACCUGGGAGCUCGAAGUUCCUCAAUAUGCCCAAGUGUGGACAUGAGUCACACUGGCCAGCAUGAAUUCAGAGCAGGGAAUUGUGAGUUUCAGACUUAGAGAACCUUUUCAGAGAAGCCUAGAAGGUGCAGGCCCGUCGUCAUCGUGCUUAGAAUGGAAUCGAUUGUUCCAAAUACAGAUCAGUGGAACACAGAGGCGGGACUGAGCAUUGCAUUGAGUGCUGACACUUCCUUGUUAAGGAGACACUAAUGCAUGCUAACCCUAUUAAAGAUGUCACAUUGAAAUGGGAAAUAAAGGUCAGCUUCACAUCAUCUUAAUGUUAGGCAACUUUUCCUGAUCUUGGUAGCUCCCUAAAGAGAUACCAAAUGCAUUUGUAACAUUUUUGAUUGAGUAUAAAAUCUUUAUAGAGAUACUUAGCUCAUUGACAGGUCAAGCUAUUGUUUAAAAGUGGAUGGCAAUAUUUUGAAUUAUACUUAACAUGUCUAUAUAAGUAAAUGUCCUUGCAGGAAAACUUUGGUGAGGGCAACAUUGAUUUUCAACUACUAUCAGCUCUGUAUAGUAACAUUGACCGAUGCUCCACUAGGCUUUCAUGGUUGAACAUAAUCGCUUGCAAAAGACCUUAACACGCUGCCAUGCCAGAGUGCUUCCCAUCGGUGCCAGCGGUUGCAAUCAAGUGAAGAGUCACCCACUCGUAUAGGUCCAAAGGAAAGACCAGCCAUCUUAACCCUUGGAGCUGGUACGACAGGUUGGUCAUGGGAUCCUUCCUCUAGAAUGAUGAGGUUGGAACAAAUGAAACCCUUUUUGUCUGUAAACUCAUAGGGAUUUUGUUACUGUCACAUUCAUCAAAUAAUAUUUUUCUUCCAGAAAUCUUUUGGUCUUGACAUCGUUCGUCACAUUCAUUGCCUUUUACCAAAACGAGGAAACCACUCAACAUUCCAAAAGUUUUAGAUAAGGACCAAGAAAAAGUUUAGAAAUGAUUAGUUGUCACCAACUCACCUUUUGCUUUUGAGGAAGGGAAACAGGCCACUGAAUCUACCCUGAAAUCGACUGAAUUGUGGUACUAUCAGAGUGCCUAUUUUGACUUCAAUGGUACCUCAGUGGUAGCUUAAAAAGCAAAAUAAAAACAGACAUGGACAUGCACAUAUAUAAUGACUAGAAGAUUACAUCUUGGUGUUUGUUUCUAUAAAUCGUGUAGUGCAAUCUGUCAACUAUACUGUUACUUUAUGUUUGAUUCUAAGAAGCCCUGGGUAAGUCGCCUUCUCAGAUGGCCUGCUAAAUUAAAGAUGCUGUUUUGUUGUGUGAAUCUCA